AUUGGGAGAGGUGGACAUUCGUUAACAAUGCUACCGUAGAACUCACGUUCAAUGGUCCCGUUAUUUGUGACUCUCACUAGUUAGACACUAACCAGGAUCCAAAAAGUUUAUGUCUGUUUAUUUUUGUCAGAUUGAUUUGAAUUACAAAUGAGCGAUACAUAUGGAGAGAAGGAAAAUGUCUGUGGAAAAAAAACAAUUAUUUACACAACAGAAAGCCCACUAAUGUGCAUGGCUGUCAGUUCUAAAGCUGAAAUGGUAGCAGUUGCCGGUAGAAACCUAUUUCAAGUAUUCAGUGUGCAUGAAGACAAAUUCAUUUCGCUACAUCGUGUUAAAACGCCCUCGCGUUUGGUUGUGUCUGAUAUUCCAAAAUCAAAGACAUCCGUAAUUGAUUCCAUUGGGACAGAAUGUGGCCCGAAUCCAACUCAUGGAACUAUUGUUACUGCAACAGAACCGAUACCUGCUCGACAUAGCCCUGUGAUACAAUCAGCUAUAAAUCAACCUCGUUCUCACAGCGUUACAGAUGUAAGCUGGUCAAAUGUAGGUGAUAUCCUUGCAACUGCAUCUACAAGUGGAGAUGUGAUGUUAUGGGAUGUUGGCAGAGGAAUGACUCAGACUGCCUGUUUUUCUGGACAUAACCGAUCAAUACAUUGCAUUCAUUUCAACCCAACCAUUAGCACGGAACUAGUAACAGCAUCACAAGAUGGUAAAUUAAAGCUGUUUGAUAUUCGUGACCCGAAUCCAAUUUCUUCAUGUCAAAUAUUCUUCCAAAGAACUGCUUCACCAUCUCCCGUGAGAGAUGUAUCAUUUUGUCCUAAGCAAGGAUUCUUGAUUGCAGCUGCUCAGGAAAAUGGUGUUAUCAGUAUAUGGGAUACGAGAAAAGGUUCACGUCCCUUUCGUGCUUUCCAAGGUCAUUCAUGUUCAAUAGCCACACUGGACUGGCAUCCAAAUUGGAACGUAACAACUUGUAACUGGUUAGCAACUGCUGGUGCCAGAGAUCAUUUAAUCAAAGUGUGGAAUUUAAAUAGUCCCAGCGGGCAAAGUUCUGUUACUUGUCCUAGUGUUUUAUAUACUGUACGUACUUCCAAUGUAAAUCGUGUUCGUUGGAGACCUACUUUUAUGACUCAACUUGUCUCUAGUUGUAACCUUACAAUCGAUCUUAGUGUACAUAUUUGGGAUUUACAACGACCAUUCAUUCCAUAUGUAUCAUUUGAAGAGCAUAAAGAUCUUGUAACAUGCAUAUCUUGGUGUCCUGCUGAAACGAAUAAUUUUUAUACUGUCGGUCGUGAUGGUUUACUUAUUCGUCAUAGUGUAGAAGAUGGUGUUCAACCGAUAGAGAAUGCGCCACCCGUGGCUUUAUCUUUUAGUCCAUAUGGACAUUUACUACAUGCUGUUCGGAAAGAUCAUGUUGAAAUUAAUAAUAAGUUGUCAACAGUGGAAGAAAACAGUAAAGUGUCAUAUCCUAUAACUACGAAAAACCAACCAACCUCUGUUCAACAUUCCAAUGGGAAUGGAUGCUCAUUAAGUUACUAUGGUCCGUCAUAUCCUGCAUCGACAUUAUCAACUGCUACUAUUACUACUAAUACUACUACUAUUAAUAACAGUAAUGCUGGCGAUACUCUUUUAAGUAAUAAAGAUUUUGAACAUCCUACCGUAGUAGCUACAUCUGGUAAUGCUGAUGAAUUAGGAACUCAAAUUGUUACCAAUACUUUAAUUCUUUCUGAGUCAACUGUCAAUAUACCUAGUAAUAACAUUAAUACUAUCGGUACAACUGCCAUCAAUCCUGUUACCUCUACUAUAUUUACUAAUUCCACUACUAAUGAGUGUACAACAAUCACAACAACAUCAUUGACAAUUGCGUCACCUCCUUCCUCACCCGACCUACCUCAAAUGGGAUCUUUAAAGUCAGCACAAUUAUUCGUAUCACAAGCUCAUAGUCUUUUAUUUCAUUAUAAACCUUGUUUAGAGACAAUUUUCCAACCUAACUAUUUUGAUUUCACCAAUGCUCUACUACCUGAUCUAAUUAUUUUAUUGGCCAAAAAUUAUAAGUUUAUUGGAACUAAUGUGGAUAUGAUUUGUGAAUAUAAUGCCAGUGUCUGUUUACAAUUUGGUCAACCGUUUUUAGUACGAUUCUGGCUAUUGUUACGUUCAAUUUAUGGUAGUCUUAGUUCUGAUCCACAUAAACGUACAUCAUCUCAACAACAUGCAACGCAGACUCAACCAUCAACACCAUCGCAUCAACAUCAGCAAUUACAUAAUUUUUCAGAUUUAGACAAUCAAUAUUCCAAACAUAUUCAAUCGUCACUGAUUAAUGAGAAGUUUGUUCCGCCUACUGAUUCAUCACGUGUUCAUAUUCCGGAGAAUAAAACUUUGAAAUGUUUCCGUAAUUCUGGUGCAUUAAGACGUAAAAAACGUGACACGGUAACAAAUGACACUACUGGCAUUAAAUUAUCAAGGAUUUUAGAAUCGUUAGGUAUUCGAAGUCGAGAAUCUGCACAAUUAACUGAAAAGACGAAAACUAAUGUGAAUAUGGAUUAUAGAAGGCAUUCAUCCGGUAAUGUUCGAGUUCAACACCAUGGUGCUUCUAAACAAUUUAUCGAUACUCUUCCACCUGUACAAAAGUUUCUGUCAUGUUCUAGUUCAGCAAACAAUGAUUCAACUGAUUGCGUAUUCUCUAACAUACCAUCUAUAGCUAAUCCAUACAACAAUGACUGUUCCACAUUGACAAAUGAUUUAUUAUUUCGUUCAACUAAACCAAUAUCUUUAAAUAUGAAUUAUGAUAGCCUACAUAAACCAUUGGUAAUUGACAAUGAUCAAUUAAUUCCAUCCUUAUCAUCAUCAGCAUCGCCGCCAAUUAGUCAACCUUCACAGUUUAUUUUAAAAAGCCUUGAAGAUGAUAUCUUAAAUAAUGGGUUACUAUUUCAUAAUUAUCAUGAAGAUAUUGACUAUUUAUUUCAUACUACAAGUCCUCAGGAACCGUUAGAGCCUAGUCCUUUCAUUGAAAAUGAUCCAGUUAAAAGAAGGCCAGAUCAAUUAGAUCUUAUUGAAGUGAUCGGUUCACAUGACGAUCCUGUAAUCAUGGAAACAGAUUAUCUACCCGAUGAAGCAUUUGUCACUAAUACUAAUACUACGACGGCUGUCAAUAUUACUCCAGAAAUUUUUCAAAAUUCUAACCAAUUACAGUAUAAACAAAAAGAAUCAUGUUUAAUUCAUAAUCAAAAACGUCAAUUAAUGAAACAAAAUACAGUUGAAUGUAGUACAAAAAAUGAUCAGCGGCAAUCGACUUCAAUUACAACUAAUGCUAAUGAUAAUUGUAAAGUUGUAUCAUGUUGUGUUGAUAUACCAGUAUCUAGAAAAAAUCAUUCAUCUUCAAAACUUCAACGAAAAUCAAUGGAUUGUAGUAAAUUAUUAGCUUCUAAUUGUCAUGAUUUAUCAUUAAUUGACCGGCAAAACAGCCAAAUUUUAUCAGCAUCAAGUUUUCCUGGUUUAUAUACUGCUUCUAGCACUAUUGCUACAACUGUCCCAUUAAAUAAUGAUGUUGAUUGUACACCUCUCAUUCCAUCAUUUCAUUCAAAUGAUGCUAUUAACCAAGAAAUAAAAAAGUGUUCUGAUGAAACCUUGGUAAAGAAUGAUGAUGGUGAUGAUGAACAUGACGAAUAUAAUUGUCCUCUUAUCUCUCAAUCCUUAUUAUCAUCUUCACCGUCACAGUCAAAUACCUCGUCCUUAGCAAAACAAAAAUUGCUCGGGACUUGUAAAAAAUCUGUUCAACUCUUAGCCCCACCACAUCAUAGUAAAUCAUUAUCUGGUUUCAGUAGAGAAUCAUCAAUGUUAUUAAAUGGGUAUACUGUGAAUUCUGUUGGCUCUUUGUCUCCAAUAUCUGGAGAUAUCAAUUCUAUAAUUUGUAAAUGGCUUAUAAAGUUGGUUGAAUCUGGGCAUGUUCAAACUGUAUGUACAGCAUUAUUGGCUUUGGGUCCGGAACGUUUACGUCUAAGCGAAUGUAUUAGCGAGUCUAUUUUAGAACAUUGGUUUAUCUCAUAUUUAGAAUUAUUAUCUCGUUUCCGAUUAUGGACUGUGUGUGCACGUAUCAUAAAGCAAUGCGGUAAUCCUUUUGCUGGUGCCGAUAAUCAAAUAUAUUUACGGGAACGUCUUAGAAGUAUUAAUCACCACUAUGUUUUCAGACCGAUUGUCAUGAAACAACCAGAAUCUGAAUCAAAAACUUCUGGAAAUACUGGAGAUACUCGAUCGGAUGUAAAUACACGAACUCGGUGGAAAAGUGGUGGUUUAACAUGUAUUGACAAUCCAUUUGUUUCACGUUUAAAUAACAUGUCUUUGGCAUUAGCACCGGGUGUAGCAGCCUUAAAUCAAGCUUCAACAACAUUAUCAAUACGAUGUGGUUUAUGCACAAAACCAUUGUGUGCCAGUGAAACAACUCAACAAUUAACUGGACAUUCUGGUUGGGCUUGUUCACGUCAUGCAACAUCAUUUGAUCCAGCUACCAUAACUUGUGCAUUAUGUCAUCUAGUUGUUCGUGGUUUAUUUGUUUGUUGUAGAGGUUGUAGUCAUGGUGGUCAUUUGGAUCAUAUGCAGGCUUGGCUUAUGAAAAGAUCAGAAUGUCCAACUGGUUGUGGUCAUCGUUGUAAAUAUGAUUAAAAGAAAUAAUUAGAAUUUUCUAUGUUUUUAUCCCACUUUAUAUACAUAUUGUAUAAAUCAUCCCUCUUAUCAAUGAUAAUGAUUAAAUACGCUAUUCCUUAACUAAUUUUGUAUGUUAUUUUGAGAUAAUUUAUUUCUCUGAUGUUUAUCUCCUUUGUUUUUUUUGUUAAUACAAAUACAGUAAUUUUGAUUAGGAAAUGAAGGGGUUUUUUUUUUUAGAGAUUUUUCUAAAAUUACAAUAAACAUACUAACAGAAUUA